AUGAACUCCCGUUUACGAGCCUUAGGUGGGAGGAUAAAUAACAUACGAGCAUCAGAACUACCAAAAGAGAAAACCCGAUCAGAGAUAAUCUGUAACGUCCACUUUUUGGAUGGCUCAGUACAAAGCUUCAAAGUCAACAAACAAGACACUGGACAGAUUUUGUUGGAUAUGACCUAUAACCAGCUGGGUGUGAUGGAAAAGGAAUAUUUUGGUUUACAGCAAAAUGAAACUUCAGUAGAUUCACCUCGAUGGCUUGAACCAAACAAACCUAUUAGAAAGCAGUUAAAAGGAGGUUUUCCCUGCACUCUUCGUUUUCGUGUAAGGUUUUUUAUACCUGAUCCUAACACACUUCAGCAAGAACAAACCAGGCACUUAUUCUUCCUGCAAUUGAAGACUGAUAUUGUGGAAGGAAGGUUGUCAUGCCCCAUUAAUUCUGCUGUUGUCCUGGCAUCGUAUGCAGUACAAUCACAACUUGGAGACUAUAAUGCUUCAGUACAUCAUUCAGGGUAUCUGUCAAAUUACAACUUUAUACCAGAGCAGAACAAGGAUUUUCUUACCAAAGUAGAAUCGCUACAUGAGCAACACAGCGGCCUCAAGCAAUCUGAAGCAGAGUCCUGCUACAUAAAUAUAGCACGAACACUUGAAUUCUAUGGAGUGGAAUUGCACAGUGGUAGAGAUCUCCAUAAUCUAGAUCUUAUGAUUGGGAUUGCAUCCGGUGGAAUUGCUGUAUAUAGAAAACUCAUCUGCACUAGCUUCUAUCCCUGGGUGAACAUAUUAAAAAUUUCCUUUAAAAGGAAAAAAUUUUUUAUACAACAACGGCAAAAACAUAAUGAAUCCAGAGAACAUAUUGUUGCCUUCAACAUGUUAAAUUACAGAGCAUGCAAAAAUCUGUGGAAAUCUUGUGUAGAGCAUCACACGUUUUUUCAGGCAAAGAAGUCACUACCUCAUGAAAAAAAGAUACUGUCACAUUAUUGGACCCUGGGUUCUAGAAAUCCAGCAAAGUCUGUAAACAGCCAGUACUGCAGAAAAGUUAUAGGUGGAAUGGUUUGGAACCCAUCUAUGAGACGAUCUGUAUCUGUUGAACAUCUAGAGACCAAAAGCCUUCCUUCUCGAUCACCUCCUGUUACGCCUAAUUGGCGGAGUCCUAGACUACGUCAUGAAAUUCGUAAACCACGACACUCAUCUGUAGAUAACCUUACAAAUGAGAUUAGUUAUAUUACUGAAACGGAGGAUGUUUUUUAUACAUAUAAGGGCUCUCCGACAUCAAAGGACAGUGAUUCGGAGUUCUCUCAGAACCGUAGUCCACAGAGGAG